CAAAGCACAGACAAAACCCCACCGCUUCCGUCCCCUCCGUCCUCGCAGCCUCCCAUGGCCAUGUGGCCUUCUUGGGUGAAGACGCGCGCUUCCAGCUCCAAAUCCUCCCCAUCCACCGCGCUGGUCGCCGCUGCCGCCACCACCCGGCGCUUCUCCAUCACCUCCCACUCCCCGUCCCUCAAGGACAUCCAGUCGCUGGUCCACCCGGAGCCCGCCCGCCCGCCGCCACCGCGCGUCUUCCACCGCCUCCGCGUUGCGGCCUCCGCCCUCCGCCUCCUCCGCGCCCUCAAGUCGGCCUCGGCGCAUGACACCGCGAGGGAGCCAGAGGUGCACGUGGUGCUCUACUUCACCUCCCUCCGAGUCGUCCGCCGCACCUACGAGGACUGCUACACCGUGCGCUUCAUCCUGCGGGGGAUCGGCGCCACCGUCGACGAGCGGGACCUGGCCAUGGACAACGGCUUCGUCGCGGAGUUCGCCGCACUCCUGCCGCCCCGCCUGGGCCUGGCCCUCCCGCAGGUGUUCGUGGACGGCCGGCACCUCGGGGGCGUCGAGGAGGUCCAGCGCCUCCACGAGUCCGGGGAGCUCAACCGCAUCGUCGCGGCCCCGGCAUCCCCCGCCCUGCCCCGUCCCCCCUGCGGCCGCUGCGGCGACGAGCGCCACGUGCCCUGCGGCAGCUGCGACGGGAGCCGCAAGAAGCACAGCGACGAGGACGGCGCCUUCAUCACCUGCGACGCAUGCAACGAGAACGGCCUCGUCCGGUGCCCCGACUGCCUCUUCCCGGCGGCCGCCUGAUCGGGAACCCAGAUCCAGUCAGUAGUCAGUACGCGGUUGUCCAGUAACUGAAAGUCUUUACUACUGGCAGCAGUAGGACAGCUACUCCUCGUCGACGACAGCUGCUCAGCUCAAGAGACCACCUGCAUGCCCAGCUCGAUAGACUCCAUUCACAUAUUACUACUAGUCAAACUAGUUCAAAGCCGGUUACAGACCAUUAGCUUGGCUGCGAACCGGACUGGAAUUUUUUAUAAUUUAGCUUCGGCAUUAGAACUUUCAGAAGAUUUGCUGCUCAUUUUCCUCCUCUUGGUUACUCCAAUCCUGGACGAACCAAGAUGAGGCUAUACUAGAGUUAUAUAAUAGCAAGAUGAGACUAUACUUGAUCCCUCCGGUUUUGGUCCAUGUAGUAUGUA